AUAGUCAACCUGACAGCCUAACAAACCAAGCAAGAUGACUUCCAAAAUCACUUUCGUCGCUUUCUUCGCCUUGAUCGCCUGUUGCUUGGGAGGCCUUGUACCGGCAGUCCCAGCAGCACUCCCUGCGGCCUACUCCCUGCCCUACGCUUCCUCCUACAGCGCCCACGUCGUUAACCACGCCAUCGCUGCUCCAGUUGCCGCCCCAUUGGUAGCUGCCCCAGCUGUGCACGCUCCCGUUGCCGCGCCAGUCCUGGCUGCCCCAGCCGCCGCCCCAUUGGUAGCUGCCCCCGCCCUCGCUGCUGCUCCCUACACCGCCUACUUGGGUUAAGUCCGUCUGACAGGGUUAUUUGCGUCUCCACUUACAACAGCACAUCCCUCUUUACAAUUCAAGCACUUCAGUAAAUUAGUAAUUGCUAAUUACUAAUCAAGGUUCCUAAUAACUCCCCUGGGGAUCGUUGUGGUGUGAGUGGAGAUUCAGUUGAUUUGCGACCACAGGCAAUGAAUUAUACAAUGUGAUAUUUUGUAAAAUAGUUUUGUAAAUAGCUUACCACAAUUGGCUUACAUAUUGUUGCAUGUAUUAUUCAAAAAGAAAGCGGCCAUGUGUAAUGUUAAUUAGGUUUCAUUUCAAUAAAAUAUUUCAAGUUAA